AUGAAAUUAAGGCCAAUGAGAAAUUCUCAAUCAAAUAAAGAAAAAUUGUUUAUAAAUAAUGGUAAAAAUUCUUUAACUGAUGAUAUGUCUGAUGCUCCGGUACAAAGUGGUGAUAAAAUCCAAAAACAUUCCACAAUCACUCAUCAUGCCGUUUCGGCUGAUGUUACUGGUUCUACGGAUUUUCAUUUGGUUCAUUCUCCUUCACGUUCAGCUCGUCGGUCUUAUUCAAAUACUUCUGAUGGUGACCAAUUCCAAAUAGUUACAUACAAAAAAUCUAAACAGCUGAAGAAUCAUGGAGAUAAUAAUAUUAAUCAUUAUCAAGUGCAUAUUCCUCAAGAUACUGAUAUUGAGAAUGACAAUAUUAAUAUGAUUAUGAAUGGUAAUGUUAAUAAUGUUCCAAAUUCUUCUUUGAAUUUACAUGAUACUUUACCAAAUCAGCAACACUUGAUUACAUCAGCUUCAACUCGUUAUGCAUUAACACGUUUUCCUUUUCCACCUCACGUUGUUCGCUUUAAUGUCAACAAAAUUGUAAUUAGUAAAUUUAAAGAAGUUAUUAUCCAUCAUUUUCAAUCGAAUUAUGAUAUCAAUAUUGAAAUUGCUAACUGUCGGAUUUCGUCCUUAAAAUGCAGCAACAAUGAAAUCGAUGUUUUACUUUUUGUUAAAGAUCCAACUUCAUUUGCAUUUCUUUUGGAUCACACUAAAUGGCCGGAGAGGAUUUGUGAUGAAAAAUUUAAAUUUCCUUCAGUUCCUUCUAUUCCGCCGCAACUAUCAUUAAUUAUUAAAAAUGUAGAUCUUAAAUUAAAUUUUGAUGAUUUCUCGAAUGAAAUUAAAAAUUUAUAUCCUGAUGUUAGAAAUGUUAUCCGAAUGAAAAACAAAUUUGGACAUAUUAUUAAAUUGGUCAAACUAGAAUUAACUUCUCCAAAAACUAGAAAUGAUUUAUUAAAGAAUAAAAAAAUUUUUAUUAAUUAUAUUUGUUAUGAUGUUGACGAAUAUCUUGCACCUGUUAAUGUGUUAAUUUGUUCGAAGUGUUGUGCUAUUGGUCAUUUUCGUCGUCAAUGUCCUGAACAAAAUGAAACUUGCAAAUCUUGUGGUGAAACUCAUAAAGAUUUAAAAGCUCAUCAAUGUUCAUCUAUUAUUAAGUGUAUACAUUGUAAUGGUGAUCAUUUAUCCAAUUCAAUGAAGUGUCCAAUUGUAAAAUCUUUUCGUGAUGCUCUUACAAAAAAUUUAAUGAACAAUAAAAAUGAUAAUCCUUCCUUUCCUUCAUCCUCAUCUACUAACACAACAACCAACAACAACAAGUUUCAUCACACCACUACUGAUUUUCCUCGAUUGUUAGCACCCUGGUCAACUUCUGGAAAUUCUCUUGAUUCAAAAUUAAAUGUUCUUUUAUCUGGUUUAACACAAGCAAAUGAAACUCUAAGUAAAUUAUGUGAAUCAAACAAACAUUUUCAACAAUUUAUUAUUGAAAAGAAUGAACGUGAUCAGAAAAUUAUUAAAGAAUUAGAUAAUAUAAAAUCUAGUAAUUCAAGUAUGGAAGCUGAUCUAUUGUUAUUAAAGGAAAAAUAUCAGGACUUUGAUAAAUCAAUGAAAACACAAGAUGUUAUGUUUAAACAAUUCUUAUUUCCUAUGUUAGAUGAUAUAUUGAAGUUUAUUGGUGAAAUGAAUGUGGGUGCUGGUGGAAGAACCUUAGAUGCUGAUCUUAAAAGUAAUUUCGAAAGAUUUCGUACUCAAAUGUCUAAUGCUACUGCUGGUAAAUGUUUCAUUUGA